AUCAUGCUCAAACGGGUCCGCAUUGCGUUGCGUGCAUUUUUGUUGCGAACCGCUAGAGUUUGGACGUUUCUCUGUUAUCUUCUGAGACGACAAUUCCUCGCCGUGAGCCAACAUCAAACGGUCCAGUAUCGGAACCUGCCCCUAUCACCCCUGUCCAAACAUCGGUUGAGUUUGGUCAAGCGGAAGGUUCUCGUUCUAGACUUGGAUGAGACGUUGAUACACUCAUACCACGAUGGAAUGCUACGGCAGACAGUGCCUUCCGGCACCCCCCCGAACUUCGUGCUCAAGGUCACCAUCGAACGUCAUCCCGUGCGCUUCUUCGUACACAAACGACCUCACGUAGACUACUUUCUGGAAGUAGUUUCACAGUGGUACGAACUAGUCGUGUUCACUGCGUCCAUGGAAAUAUACGGAGCAGCUGUAGCUGAUCGGCUGGAUAACGGCCGCGGAGUCAUGAGGAGAAGAUUCUUCCGGCAGCACUGUACGCUCGACUACGGAGGCUAUACCAAAGACCUGUGCGCCAUCAACCCGGAUCUCAGCAGUGUCUUCAUCCUCGACAACUCGCCAUCGGCUUACAAGCUCUUCCCGGAUAACGCGAUUCCUAUAAAGAGUUGGUUCAAUGAUCCAAACGACACAGCCUUGUUGAAUCUUCUUCCAGUGCUAGAUGCCUUGAGAUUUUGUUCGGACGUACGAUCGAUAUUGAGUCGGAACCUUCAUCGUCAUCACAUGUGGUAGAUACACCAUUUCACCCGCUACUGGAUCGGGACUCCAAUGAAUCGAGCAGCAUCCCUGAGACAUUCUGGUUCGCGCACGACGGGAAUAAUAUCAUCAACUAUUUUCGGCAGGAUCGUACGCGCGCAUUUGUACCUCCAGAUUCUAUCCGAUACGUGCGUACCCGUUCGUUCCCUCGAGCCUCAAUUCUCACAUGUACCAUAUUUGAGCUCACCGGUAUGUCUGGGUGUUUCUUACA